AUGGCUUCAUCUACACGGAUAUUUUCUUUUGGUCUUGGUCAUUCACCAUCUCGUUCCCUAGUGAAAGGUCUUGCUCGUGCAACAAAUGGUUAUUUUGUUUUCGUACCUCCAAAUUCAAAAGUUGAUACAUACGUCGGUAGUCAACUUGGUCGAGCUCUUCAACCAUCAUUAGUAAAUGCUCGACUUGAAUGGUAUGGAUUGUCUACUGAAGGAUUACAAGCUCCAAAAACGAUUCCACCUCUUUAUAUCAAUGAUCGUGUCUUAGUUUAUGAACUAUUAGAAGGUGAUGAAUUGAAAAAUCAAAAUAUCAGUGUAGCUCUCUUUGUUGGAGAUCAUAAAAUUAAUUCGAUGAAAUUAUCUGGCAAUAUUGCACACAAACAAGAUACAAUACGUCGAUUAGCAGCUAAAGCUUUAAUACAAGAAUUACAACAUGAAAAAGACAACAUAUCGGAUACAGAGUACGCAUUUAAAUCUAAAUGA